GCUUUCAACCGUAUUUCGUUCGCCGAGACUUCGGCUUCGAUCGUCGAGGCUCGUUCGCUCGCCGUUUCCCCGAUCAAAGUUAGUCUUUUGUGAGCUUUCAGUGUGAGUGGAUGCUACGCAGUUUUAUCUUUUCAAGGACAUUUGAACUACUGGAAAAUAACUUUUAUGGAUUGUAAUGAAACUUUGUGCUGUGCUUUUGAUUAGUGGAUAAGUGAUUUCUUUAUUUUUUGGAUCAUCAGCAAAGACCCGCAAAAGAAAACCCAACGAAACAGAACCGUCAUCCACGAAACCCCGUAAUAAUUUCAACACAAAAGAAGACUUAGAAAACAAACAGACUCGUCGACGCACCCCCACCAACCGCACCGCAAACUCGAACAAGAAAAAAAUCCUCCUAGAAGAAACCAACAACUCGAAACUACGAGAAAUCAAAGUCCAAGUCGAGGAUUGCUUCCAAAAGAACUCGGCUUUGUCGCUGCUCUACCAGCAGAAAUUAGAGGAACGCGAGGCGAACCGACUCAAAGAGGAGGAUUUAAGUACUGCGGACGAAGCGGAACAGUCUCCAUCAUCGCCGGAUCCGAGUCCGGUUGACGGCGACGUCAGCAAUGGCAGUAGCGGAGCUAGUGUCGAGUUAGUGAGUGUGAGUGUACGUAGUGACGAUGUGCAGUGUGAAUCUAUGCCUGCUGCGAAGGAAGUGGUGAAUGGUGAUUUAAACGGUAGUGAAGAGGAUUGUGUGAUAGUGGCUCAAACUAGGACGAGUAUAACGCCAAAUAAGACAGUGGAGCAAGGACAUUGCUCUAUUAGAGGUGACGAUGACGUGCCGUUGGUGUCGUCCUCGCCUUCUCCCUACGUCGUCAGCAGAAUGGAUCUCAUCGGCGGCGUCGUUGGAGGCGUUUCGGACGCAUCGUCGGCAUCACCAUCAGGGUGCGGACUGCUUCUGCGCUUUCCGGAUGAUCGCAGCGAUUCGGGCGUGAGUUCAUUGCGUUCGUGUAUCAGCAGUGGCGAUGAGCGAUCGGGUUCUAGAUCGAGCGCCCUGAGCUCCACCGACGAACCCACUUCAUCGUCCUCCUCAUCGUCGUCGUCGUCAAGCAGCAGCAGUAGCGGCGGCGGCCACAACAGCGUCCCGGCGGCGACAUCGUCUUACCACCGCCCGUCUUCUGCGGGAGGCCUGCCUCAGCAGACGUCACGUAACAGGUCACCUUUGUACAUCCCAGCUUCUUCGCCGGCGUCAUCGAUACAACAAAGACACCACGAAGUUAGCAACGAGCCGGUAAGGGUCUGGAGAGACCCUAACCUGUUGCUCGAAGAGCCGCAUGUUCGGCACAUACACAGCGUUCAGCAUCAGACGCUACUAAUGUCACACUCUAAUACCCCUGCCAGCGCGUCAGCCGGCCCGCCGCCCCCGUCGUCAGUAGCUUCGGUAGCCGCCGCCGCAUCCCAUCCAUCAGCCACCGCCCUCGGCGCCUACCCCGUAGUACCCCCACCUCCAUCCUUGAUGGCGCCCCAUGUACCCCUAGCGGGCCAUCACCCGCACCUAUCGGCCUCGCACCAGCUCUACCACCCGGCCGCCCAGUUCACCGACAUGCUGUGGAAAAGCCAAAGAACCCACGCGGCCUACGGCAUGCCCACUCACAUGCUGGCCGCCGCCCAACAGUCAGGAGCCCAUUCGGGUGCCUCCACCGAAGAAUUGCUCGCCGUCCGAGAACAAGUCAUGCAAGACAGGGAACGGCAGGAAAGAAUGUACCGCGAACGGCAGAACCAGGAGCUCGAGAAGCAAAAAGAGAAGGAACGAAUGGAGCGAGAUAAGCAAGAACGAGAAAAGAUGGAGAGGGAGAGAGAACGACAGGAAAGGGAAAAGGAGGAGAAGGAAAGGCAGGAACAAGCGUUGCAUAAUCAUUUCGAGAAAUCUUUAAGAGCAGCUCAGCCAAAGAGGGAACCCUGGAACCCGAUAACGGGCAGACCGACCCAAGCCAGGACUUCUAGUCUAUCGGAAGACGACAGGAAGCGAGUGGAAGAGAUGCACCACAGGGAACAGCAAAGGCAUAUGCCUUCGGCGAGGGACAACCGCGACCAUCGAGCUUACUACACCAACGUGCAAAGAACGUCGAACGUACCGACCAAAGCUGAUUAUCCCCCGCCCGCGCAUAGUCGCGGCGUUCCCAAACCACAAGACAAAGUCUCUGCCAUGAAUGUCCACCAACAGAUGCCCAAGAACGAUCUAAGCAUGUACGGCUAUACUUCCCAUCUCGCUCAAAAUACCUUCUUCGAACCAAAGAUUAAAUCCGAGAUGCACAAAGCGCAACCGAGCGGCUUGGUCGUGACCAAAUCCGGCAACUUGGACAGGGAUGGUACGGCGAUGGUUAGCGAAAUGAAAAAUUCCGUCAUCGUUAAGCACGACGGUAAAAAUCCCCAUCAUCUUGAACCGAGAGUAUCGGUAGCUCAUUCGCCCAGUCCAAAGUUGAGGAACGAGAUGCUUGGACACUACCAAUGUCCCACUGGGCAAACCAAGAGCAUCUACGAGUACAGGAGUCCUACGCAGUCACCACACCACAUGUCGCACACUCCAAGUCCGCACCAUCACGUAGAAGCGCAGAAUUUAGGCAAAGCAGCCAGCCAUCACAGGUCUAGCGGGCACGUGACGAGUUCGCAUCAUCAACGACAAAGUCCGCACGCGCAUCCGCACGCCCAGCCGCACCAAUCGCCCGAAAUUAGGUACAGCAGCCGAGCCGAAAGCCAAGCGAUGAUCUACCAAUCGUCGGCGAAAGCAAGUUACCCCUUCACGACCGCAGGUUACACGAUAUCGUCGGCGCCGCCGACCGUAGCCAAUUCCAAACCGAAAGUCAGCAGCCCGGCGCCUCACCAGAUAUUCGGCAAACCGCAUUUAGGAGGCGGCGUGCCGCCGCGACCUUCGCACGAGAACACCUCGCCGAUACCGCUCACUUCGAAACCGCCUAUCGGUGCUUCGAUUUCGCCGUCGCCCUACCAGCAAGUGUCGCAGUACCACCCGCCGCACAGUCAACCGCCGGCGGUGAUGACCUGUCCGCCCCCGCCAGCUCACAGUCGCACCCCGACCAGCGUCAUGGAUCGAUUCAAUCAAUCGACGCCCGGAUACGUGCCGAGCGGGUUAUCGGUCAAAUUGAUCGGGCCGGGAACUUCUCCGCCUACGGCGACGUCGGCUCCCAUGCAGAUAUCGAGAUCGCAUCAAGCUUACUCGCCGAAUAUGGUCGGGAAUUCACAGGUACAGAGCCAGCCCUUGGAUUUAGGCAUCAGCUCCAACAAGACUGAAAACAACCAAUGCAUGUCGCCGAAACGAAAAUCCAACACACCGGUAGGCGAUAUCGGCAAUCCGGUUUGCCUGGAAGUGAAAAAACGCAAGAUCGAAUCUUCGCCAGCGGUCAGUAUCGCGAGCAGCACCUCUCCGCCGGCAAUGAGUGUCUUCGGCAUCUCUAACUCGCCCAUCGCGUCUCCGCAACUCGCCCGUGUCAGUGAACCGAGUCCGUUGAUAGUCAGUGCCGCGACCACCAUCACCACGAUGGUGAACACGGCCGCGUAUAGGACACCACCGACAACCAGUAUGAUCUCGCAAACCGUCGCUUUACUGCCGGACAGUUUGCCCGAUGUAAGCGUGACCGCCGUAACGAUAGAUCCGCCGCGGCCCGCUUCGAUAGGCGAGCAGAGUCCCAAACCAGCUACUCCUACAAUACCGGCAAGCAACAGCCCCGCGCCUGUCAGCACCGCGUCUACUCCUACUCCACCGGCUAGCGUCACGCCAGGCCCUAGCGACGAACAGCCUGGAACGCCGGUCAAAGUCAACCCUAGCAUGGUCGAUUCGGAAAAGAGCAGCAGUCCUGGACCGAUGAAACCAUCAAGCGCUAGUUAUCCAGUGAGGCAUUUGAAGAAGGCAUGGCUGCAGAGGCAUACGGGAGAGGACGCCGAAGAUACCACCGGCGUCAUAGGAUCCGGAAGUUGCGUAACGUUACCGUUGAAUAUUAAAGCGACCACACCACCGACAGUCGCCGCUGCCAUCGCUACCACUAAUCCGGUCAAAGAGAACCCCGUCAACUCGAUACAUUCGAUCGGAUCGAUGGCCGUCAACAGCAUCAACAAGAUCAAGCACUUCUCCAACAAAGCCGCGAACCGGAAAACUCCGAAGGAGAGCAACGUUAACGGCGAUGCCAAAAACGAUGAUUCAUCGAGCAGCGACCAGGAGCGAGGUCGCAAAUCGCCGCCCAAGCGCAAGCCACCGAAAGUGAAGCGAAAAAAAGGCGGGGGGUCCGCGACGAAGAAAGCCGUCGACGACAAAAAGAGGAAGAGCGGACCCCAAGCGCAGCAACAGCCGACGGCGACAGCGGCGGCAAGCGAAAGCGGAAGCGACAGCGAAAAGGAAAGCGGCAGCGACAAGGACAACAGCGACUCCGGAGCCAGCGGAUCAGCGCCCGGCAGCAAAAAGUCGUCGGGCAGCUGCGGCAGCAACAACAACGGCGGCAACAAGGACCAGCAGCAGCGAAAGCGCGGCCGAAAACCGAAAGGGUCAAAAAACGAUAAAGGCGAGGAGCCACGACCGAAGAAGAGCAAAGACGAAAUCCCGCCCCCGCGUGACCCCUUUCGCAAACCACCAGUGGGGCAAUUGAAGAAGACGGGAGAGAGCUUUCUGCAGGACGGGCCGUGCUUCGAGGUGGCGCCCAAGUUGGCCAAGUGUCGGGAGUGCAGGUGGACGCCGAAUCAGCGUUCUAAGAAUAUGCCGAAUAUUUUUUGUCGGUUUUACGCGUUCAGAAGGCUGAGGUACACCAAAAACGGGCAGUUGGCCAUCGCGGGGUUCUCCGAUCCGCACAAGGACGCUAUGGAGGAGGACAUAAGGCUGUGGCUUCCGAAUUCUGACACUCCACCAUCAGAUUUGGAUCUGGAAACAUCCAGGUUUCUUCUCAAACAAGUUGGUGAUCAUUUUUGUGAUUUAUUAGUACAAGAAAAAGAAGCGAAUGCAGAGCAUUUAUCAGAUGAUAAAACUGUGGCGUGGAAGCGAGUUGUACAGGGAGUUCGUGAGAUGUGUGAUGUAUGUGAAACGACUUUAUUCAAUUUUCAUUGGGCGUGUGGGAAGUGUGGAUUUGUUGUUUGUUUAGAUUGCUAUAAGAGUCGUAAACGAGGCGCCAUCAAAGUAUGGGGCGAACCCAACAAGGACCGCGACGACUACUCGUGGCUGCUGUGCACCAAUCGACAGGUGCACGAGCAGGAAAAACUGAUGCUCACCCAAAUCAUCGCCGGUGAUUCGUUGAACAAGCUGGGCAAGAUGGUGCACGAGAUGCGAGACUUGUGGAACGUCGAACAGUUCUGCGCGUGCCUGGCGGCCAAAGAAUCGAUACAAAGCAACAAGGCAGCCUCUAAUCAACAAGUCAGGGAUAUCGUCAGGUCCAUAUUGGGUGAUAAAGUGAAUGGGAUCAAGGAGUUCAAGGAUGAGAACGACUCCGGCAACGACCGCGAAGUGAAAAAAGAGGGCAGCAGCAGUGAGGACGAGGGCAACUUCUCCACGCUGCGCGAACUGCUUAUUCGACCGUCGCACAAACCGAACGGCUCGCGAGCAGCCUCUCCCAUCGCCAAGAACGAGUCGAAGAAGAAAACCGCCCCGCCGACGAAGCCCGCCGACCUCGACGACGUCAUUUCGAGCGUCAUCGAGGACAGCGUACCGCAGAAGACCGUCGAAACGCCGACCGAGCCCAAGAACGAGCUGAAGCACUUCGUCAGGCGUUACAACUGGCAGGGCAAGGGUAGGGUGCAGUUGCCCAUCAGGAUAAUGACUAUGACUGAGAGCAAGAUGUUGUAUCCCAAUACGCCGCACAGUUGGUUGUGCGACGGGAAGUUGUUGAGGUUAAGCGAUCCUCUAGGCAAGGACAACUACAAGAUAUUUCAGGAUCAAUGGAAACGCGGUCAACCCGUCAUCGUUUCGGACGUCACCCGUAACACGGACAACGAUCUGUGGCAUCCAGAAGCGUUCGCUCGAGACUUUGGCGAUGAGAAGAACGAUCUAGUCAACUGUAUGACGGGCAAAGUCGUGCCCAAUCAACCCAUGCGCAAAUUUUGGGAGGGAUUCGACCAUUUCAGCAAACGCCUGAAGGACGACAGGGGCCAACCGAUGCUGCUCAAACUGAAAGAUUGGCCGCCGGGCGAAGAUUUCGCCGAGAUGCUGCCCACCAGGUACAGCGAUUUGAUGAAGGUGCUACCACUGGCAGAAUACACCCACCGAACGGGACGGUUAAAUUUAGCUAGCCGAUUACCCGAAUGCUUCGUACGUCCAGACCUCGGUCCGAAAAUGUACAACGCCUACGGCUCCGCCCUCCACCCCAGCAAAGGUACCACCAACCUCCACUUGGACAUCUCCGAUGCCGUCAACGUGAUGGUGUACGUAGGCAUCCCCAAAGACGCCGACACCGACGAGCACAUCAAGGAAGCGUUCAGAGCCAUCGACGAGGCCGGCUGCGACAUUCUAACGCGCAGACGCGUCCGUGACAAGGGGGAACUACCCGGUGCCUUGUGGCACAUCUACAACGCGCGCGAUGCCGAUAAGAUUCGUGAUCUAUUGAACAAGGUGGUGGUGGAAAAGGGUGGUCGCUUGGAACCCCAUCACGAUCCCAUUCACGAUCAGAGUUGUUACUUGGACGGGCCACUGCGCGAAAGGCUCUACAAGGAGUACGGCGUCGAGGGGUACGCGAUCGUGCAGUGCAAGGGCGACGCCGUUUUCAUACCGGCGGGAGCGCCGCAUCAAGUGAGGAAUUUGCAUAACUGCAUUAAGGUAGCUGAAGACUUUGUCUCUCCCGAAAACGUCUCGCAUUGCUUCCACUUGACGCAAGAAUUCCGCGAUCUGUCCGACACGCACUCCAACCACGAGGACAAGCUACAAAUCAAGAACAUCAUCUAUCACGCCGUCAAGGACUCCCUGUCGACGUUAAGUGCAAUAAUAAAUCGACAGUUGAAUGUCAAAAGCGAGAAAGACUCUUCGAGCAGCGAACGCAGUAACGGCAGCGGGGGCGGCGGUAGCAGCAGCACGUCGAACGACGCCGAACAUUCGGCCAAGUCGUCCGACUCUAACGAGGCGACCUGAAUAAUUCAAUGUGAUAGCGCAACGCGACUUUCUGUUUUAUCUAAAUGGUUCCCGGUUAAUAGUUUUUAUUUCGCAAACGGACUUCGAUUUCCGGUCGAAUUUGGUUUUAAAACUGUCGUCAAAUUUGCUAUUUUGCUAUUAAAUUUGUUGACAUUCUUUAAGAAGAACUUUCAAAUUAAUGUCACUCCUGAAUAUCGACUCUAAGAACUAUAUUGAUGAUUAUCUCAAUGUUUUCAUUUAUAAUGUUUAAAUGAUAUCCUUUUUACCUAUUCUAAAAUGGUAUGUUGCUUUCAGCCUUUACGUUAUUCUCCUAAUUGUCACUAAAUGAUAUUUUUUUAUUAUCCAAAAAAUCUUCCCGUUCUAUUAAUUAUCUCUUUCAUUCUACUUGAAGUAAAGCAGGAUAAGCAUUCUGCUUGAAGGACCAUGUUAUCCUUUUUUACAAAACUAUAUCUUCUAGUUAUUAUAUUGAUAUUGUUAACCAGUUAAUUUUGUGAUGUUCUUUUCCAUAUACCUCACUCCUUGUCACUUUAAAGUCAGUUCAAAGGAAUUAAUUUAAUUUGAAAGUCUUCGUGAAUGAAUUUUAGCAAAUUAAAUUGCUUGUGAGCAAAUUUGACGAAUACGUUUGAUAAUUUUUUGUAAAACCAGGCACAGAAUACGAUAUGUCGACAGUACUAUCCUCGUAGUAGUUCAAAUGAACCGCAAUAGACUGAUAGAAAAGUGAUAACUGUAAGGAAAUUUGUUGGAAAUCGCGUUUUAUUUAUGGAUCGUUACUGUCGCCAUUUUGGUACCGGAAAUCGAUAAUCUGUCGAAAUUAAAAAAAAA